AUGGCUGGAAUGCUUCCAGGAGUUGAAUGUGCAAGAAGGAGAAGGUUCCACAGAUGCUUGGAUUCAAACUCAACUUUUAUAGCUUCAUAUGUGUCCACAAGACGUUCUUCUUUUGGUUUGUAUGCAGGUAGUAGUCAUGAAUGUCGUCUUUCUUCAUCCACUUCACAGCCAAGAAACAUGUUAUACCAGACACACCCGGAUGAGGAUAUAGUAGGAGCAGCCAGAGAAGCCAGACAGAGAUUGGAUGACAAGUUUAGAGCCCAAAGGAUGCCAGAAAACAAAAGGCAAAACAGCACAGCAUGUGUGGAAGGCAGAAGAAAAAACAUAACAGAGUUGCACACAGAGGUAUAUGGGUCAAAGAAAAGUGGUGCAAGAAAAUUCAGUUGGACUAGAUGGAGCUGGAAAGCCUCUGAACAAGAGGACUGUGCCGUGUGCUUGGAAUCAUUCAGGGUUGGAGAGACUCUGAUCCAUCUUCCUUGUGCACAUAAGUUUCAUGACAGAUGCUUGAAACCAUGGUUGGAAAAUAACUCUCAUUGUCCAUGUUGCAGAACAACCAUUCUUUCCCUCUAG